UUCAGGGCUGAGGAGGAAGGCAGAGUCCGGGGGAGAAGAAGAGGGGCUUUGAAAGCCGGCAAGGGAGGCAAGUCCCCUCCUGAGGGAAGGGAAGGACUGGAAGCUCUGCAGAAAGCAGCCAGCAAAACACGCGCGGAGUGGACAGAAGGGGCGGCAGGGCAGGGCAGGGAGGAGGGCGGCAAGAGCCAGUCUGCUUCUGGACUGAUUUGGGGUUUUCCCCCUGCCUCCCUCCCUCUUAAGACUGUGGAAGAAGAGAGAGCCCAAGCCAGGCUAAAGGAGCCCGAGGGGGGCUUUGAAAAGCCGGCAAAGGAGAGCCAUCCCCUCCUGAGGGGAGAAGAGGAGGAGGGAAGCUUUGGAAGAAUCAGAAACCCAAGCGAAGCAGGAGGGGGGGGGGCUGGGGAAAGGGCAGCGGCCAGAGGGAGGCUGCCCCUGGACUGGGCUUGGGAUGGAGGAGGGCUUUCCCCCUCUUAAACUGUGAGCAGAGGGCGGCCAAGGCCAGGACGAGGGACGCCGGAGGGGGCUUUGGAAGCCCGCAAAGGAGAAGGCGCCUUCGGGGAGACAAAUUCCCCCCCCCCCAAAAAAAAGUCCUUUCCUGAGGGGAGGGAAGGAGGGAAAGCUCUGGAGUAAAUAAUAAUCAUAAUAAUCAUAAUCAUCAUAAUCAUAAAGCAGCCCAAGCCAAACCGACUCGGGGCAUGGAAAGAGGGGCUUGCGAAAGGGCAGCCCUGCGAUAUUGCAAUCGCCCUUCUUGACUGGGCUGGACUUUGGGGUUUGGGUGGUUUUUCCCCUCUUUCAAAAAAAGACUGUGGAGAAGGAGGAGGAGGAGGAGGAGGAGGGAGCUCCUGGAAAAGAGAGAGAGAGAGAGGAGAGAGAGAAAAGGGAAGGGGAAAAAGAAAGAAGAGUGCUGGAGCCAGAAGUAGCCGGAGCCAGAGGGAGGCUGCUCGGAGCUGGGAAGCCGAGAAGGAGGUUCGGUUCGGUUCUUCGGGGCGCGGAGAGGAUUUCUCGGGUGGGGAAAGGAAAGGGAGCAACCCCCCCACCCCCAGCCCUGCUUCCCAAGGCGCCUGCCUCUCCCUCGGUGGACCCACUCCCACGCGUGGACCAGGGGGGAAAGGAAAAGGGGCUUCCCCAUCUCUCUCCCUUGGACUGCCCAGCGGUGCGUGGGAGAAGCCGGAGAGGGAGCGAGAGAGCCCCGGGGCAGCUCUCUCUUCCGCGUGGGUGCCUUCCCAAGCGCCGCUGGCUCCUUCGGCUCUCCAAGAAACUUGGGCUUUUCCCUUCCUCCUGUUUUCUUGAUUAAAGGUUAUCUUUUUGACAAGAUUAUCAGUCGAGGGGGAGGCGCCUCGGGGCUCGCAACCUGUUGCGUGUAGUAUUAUUAUUAUUACUAUUAUUUGAUCGUCUUUCCCCCAAAACUUGGCAACCUGUUGCAUGGCUCCUUGAGCCCCCUUCCAGCCAGCCAUCCACCCCGCCCGCCUCUAUCCCAUGGGGAGAGGCGGGCUAUAAAUAAAAAAUAUUAUUACUAUUAUUAGUCUACCGCUUCCAAACUUUUGCGAAAGGAGCCUCUCCAACCUGCUGAGAUUUCCCCCCGGCGCUUCAUUCCUCUCAUAUAUAUAUAUAUAUAUAUAUAUAGUAGGAAUAACAACCUCUGGACUCUUUGGGAGGAGCCAUCCUUUGGGUCUGGAAGUGGACACCUCUCUUGAAGAAGAGCCCUUGUCCCCUCAAGAGGACUGCAAGGACUUCUUCUUUUUCAAUAUCAUCAUCAUUAUCAUCAUUCUUAUUUUAACCUAAACCCUCCUCCUCCACAUCAUGCACUGCUACCUCCUGAGCCUCUUCCUGACCCUAGACCUGGCCACGCUGGCCUUCGCCCUCUCGACCUGCAGCACCCUCGACAUGGACCAGUUCAUGCGCAAGAGGAUCGAGGCCAUCCGAGGGCAGAUCCUGAGCAAGCUGAAGCUCACCAGCCCCCCGGAGGAAUACCCGGAGCCCGAGGAGGUCCCUCCGGAGGUCAUCUCCAUCUACAACAGCACCAGGGACCUCUUGCAGGAGAAAGCCAACCACCGGGCCGCCACUUGCGAGAAAGAGCGCAGCGAGGAGGAGUACUACGCCAAGGAGGUCUACAAGAUCGACCCCAAGCCCAGCUACCAGAACGCCAAUCUCAUCUCGCCCAAUGGCCCCACCCCCUAUUUUAGAAGAGUGAGAUUUGAUGUCUCAGCGAUGGAAAAAAAUGCUUCCAACCUGGUGAAAGCUGAGUUUAGAGUCUUUCGCUUGAGGAAUCCAAGGCCUCGUGUAUUGGAACAGCGAAUAGAACUGUAUCAGGUUCUCAAAAACAAAGAUCCAGCAUCACCAAUGCAACGUUACAUUGAUAGCAAAGUAGUUAAGACAGAUGCUGAAGGUGAAUGGCUAUCUUUUGAUGUAACUGACACAGUGCAAGAAUGGCUCCAUCACAGAGAUAGAAAUCUUGGAUUUAAGAUAAGUUUACAUUGUCCAUGCUGCACGUUUGUGCCUUCAAAUAAUUUUAUCAUCCCAAAUAAAAGUGAAGAGCUAGAGGCAAGAUUUGCAGGUAUUGAUGACUACACAUAUCCAAGUGGUGAGAAAUUAAAGUCCAGUAGGAAAAAAUACAGUGGGAAGAACCCACAUCUUCUGCUAAUGUUAUUACCCUCCUACAGACUUGAGUCGCAACAAUCCAGUCGGCGGAAGAAGCGUGCUCUAGAUGCAGCCUAUUGUUUUAGAAAUGUUCAAGAUAACUGCUGCCUACGUCCAUUUUAUAUUGACUUCAAGCGAGAUCUUGGGUGGAAAUGGAUACAUGAACCUAAAGGAUACCAUGCAAAUUUCUGUGCCGGAGCAUGUCCUUAUUUAUGGAGCUCUGAUACUCAGCACAGUAGAGUACUCAGCUUGUAUAAUACUAUCAAUCCAGAAGCAUCUGCAUCUCCAUGCUGUGUAUCCCAGGAUCUAGAACCCCUCACCAUUUUGUAUUACAUUGGAAAAACACCCAAAAUUGAACAGCUUUCUAACAUGAUUGUAAAGUCUUGCAAAUGCAGUUAAGGGAUACCACAUUAUGUGCAUUUUCUCCCCAGAGAAGAAAGGAGGAAAAAGGAACAUACAAAGAGGAAGAAGCAACAACUACAACAAAGAACACAUAGGAUCAUCAGUGUUUUUUUAAAAGAGGAAAAAAAAAAGCGGUACUAAGUCCGACUUGUUUGAGAGUUUGUUUCAUUGAUUUGUGUUUUGUGUUGUUUUUAAACCAUCAUCUGAUGCAAAACCGUGAAGGCCUUAUCCUACAUUUCAACUACUUGGUUAGAGAGAUAGACAAGAAGCAUUUUUAAAGGGAAAAAAAGCAAAAAAAAAAAAAAAUAAAAAAAUACAAGAAAGAAAAGAAAAUAGAAAAAAACCUUUUAAAAAUAAACACUGGAAGAAUUUGUUAGAGUUCUUAUGUGAAAGGAAAAAAACAGGAAUAAAAAUCCCAUUAAGUGGAGUUGCUGUAUCUAUCCCAUGGCUUACUUGACUUCUGUGUUUUCAUGCCAUAGACGCUCGAUCUGUUCCUUGUAGUUUUCAGAAUUAACAGCACAUUAUUUAUUUUUGUGUAAUACGCUCAAAUGAGAAUAUGUUAUUGCCAUGGGAGGGGAGGGGGACAAGCGGGGAAAGACACAAAUGUGCAGACCAAAUAAACUGUUAGAAACAUGGUUAAUGCCUCGGAAACAUGAACUCAAAAAGGUCCUGAAAACAAUGACAAGUUCAGCUCAAUUAAAAUAGUAGUUUGUUAUUACAUUACUAAGAAAGUCUGCCUUUAAAAAAGUCACAUACAUCUUGUUUUUUCUUUCCAAGAGCCUAGAAUGGCUUUAUGUAAAGCCUCAUAUCAUUGUGUUUUUUAAAAAAAUACUGAAAAGCUUAUUAAUAAAGGACAUUUUGUUUCAGUCUCAAAGACAAGUUUAAGAUUUUUUUAAAAAAUCUUUUUUAAAAAAAGAAGUAAACUGUAAAUGAAUAAACUGUCCAUUUAGUAAACCAGUGAAAUAUUUAACAUGUACUGGUCUAAUCCUCAGACCUUAAUAUGUUGCUGUAUAGCUAUUGCUUUGGGAUUUUUUGUUUCUUGGUAUAUGUAACCAUACCUAUAGUACUACAAUAGGUGGGUAGUAAGAAGCCAGCUUAAUUGGAAACAUAUCUGUAGGUCUCUAAUGUAAACUGUUAAAAAAUUAAGUACUUAAUGUGUAAUGUGUAAAUUUUCACCAUAUUUUUGUACUCUGUUAACUCUGAAGAAUUUGAAUUUGGGGCUCUUGUUGAUCACUCAGAACCAUGUGUUUCCCUCUAGCUGGCCAGUAUGAGUAGAGUCCCUGUAUUUUCAACUUGCACUACAAAUACAUGUUUUAUAAUACUUGCUAUAUACAUGUGGUUUGUAUGUUGUUUUUCCUCAUUAUGACAUAGGCUACCUGACUACAUUUUUGUUCCAUAUUUUUAAAAAGGUAGAUUUAAAAUACAGGUUUUUUUUUUAAAAAAAAAAAUAGGCAUCAUUUAGACAUGGAAAUCUCAAACUGCUAUUUUAGAACAAGCACCUAACUCUCUUAGACCUCUGUAGUCAAUACUGACUUGGAUUGUGAUAUCAUAGGUUUCCUUAAAAAGGGGUUGUUGUGUGGUGUGUUUUUUUAAGGAAAAAAAGAAAAGAAGAAGUAUUUUUUUCCUGGUUCAUGUCUUAGUCACAAGCAUCUAGUCUAAAAUGAGCAUUGUGAACUGAUGAACAAUGUGGUAAGAGUUUGGGAGAAUUACCACAACUCUCUAUGGCCAUGCUGGUUGGAAAAAUUGGAUACUGUUGUUUUAACAAGUAACUUCUCCAAGCUCUGAUUGUGUUUCUGAUGGGAAACCAAAUGUAAGAUCAGCAUAUGCAUCAGUCAUGCUCAGGGAAGGCCACUUGUAUGCUCGGCAUCCUCCCUUCUUCCAUUAGAGUGCAUAUAUUUUCCUGCAGUCAGGGGAAUCUGUGCUCUUCCAACACUUGCUCUUCUUUUUUAAAAAACAACAACACACCAAAUGCUUAAUUUUAUAAAAGGCUUUUGGGAGUCAGUCAUAUCUUCAGUUAAAAGAAAUAGGGAUAGGCAAUGACAGGUUGUGCUCCAACAUAUCCUUUGCAAUGCAUCUUGUAUUGCACACAAGUGGUUCAUUAAAGAGAAAAAAAAUCAGUCAGUUUGUUAGGAAAAAGACAGAAGAGAACUGAAUCCAGUUUCCCAUCCGCCCCCUAAAUGCUAGUCUACAGAGUUCCAGGAUGUUUUGUUUUUUAAAUAAAGGGUUAAGCAUAGAGCCCUGGUGGCUGGAUUGUACAAGCAACAUAGAUUUACAGAUACACAUACUGAGCCACCUUGCUCAGUAUACACACUGGCCCCCAGCUGGAUUUAGCAUACAUGUCCAAAUAUUAAGGCUGAAAAUGAUCCUGGGUGUGAUUCUUUUUGAUUUUACCAAUCCAAAUAGCCACUUUAUAAUUAGCUCAUGGGAAGGCAUUAGUGUUUGAGGAUCAAGGUUUUUGGUUCAUAUUUCCAGAAUGUUUGAAGAAAAAUAGUAGAGGUAGGGAGAACACAAGUGGAGGUUUAUGCUGAGCUAAAUCCUCAGGUAUCUUUUUUUAAUAGGUCUAAUACUAUAAAAAUAAUACUAAAUGAAAGACAUCUUUUGAAAAUAAACUCAAGUAAUUAUCAAACAUAGCCCAAUAAGGAAAGCAGCACAACCCUAUUCAUAUUAACUCGGGGGUAAGUCCCCACUAUAUUCAAAGGGGAUAAAUUUGUUUUACUAGUAUGCCUCUCUCAAGUCUGCAAAUAUUGAAUUCACACAACUAAGUUAAGGCCUAAAAAUAUCAUCUUCAACAAAGGGCAAAACCUACUUGUCGGAUUUUUCUGUGACAGACAUUGGAACUCAAAGCUAUUAUUAUGAGGGAACUUUGCCUUUCUUACCUGGAAACAAUGAACCAUUGAUACAUUUAUGGUCUCUGAUAAUUCACAACAGCCUUUCCCAAUCCCAAACCUCCAGAUGUUUUAGACUACAAUUGCCAUCUUUCCUGGACAUUGGCCAGACUGGCUGGGACUGAUGAAAAAUGUAGUCUAAAAUGUAGAGGACACCAGGCUUGGGAAGGCUAAUUUACAGAAACAGGUUUUAUAUUUGUGCUUUGCUAUGUUUUUAUUAAUUUAUUCAUUACUACCCUGAGAACACUUCUCUUUGUUCAUUAAAAGAAGUAAACAGAAUGACACAAAAGCUCAAUGGUGUUCAAAUUAUUUUAUACUGUUUUAAAGCUGGUACAAUAGUUUUUGGCAAGUGCAUUCCAUCUCUCUCCUACUGGUAGGUAUGUGUGUCUAUAAAUGUUAACAUUUAUGUAUGAUCUCUGACCAUCUCAGAUGAAUUCUUUCAAUUUCUGAAAGCUCCUAGGAUAUAAACAGAGAGAGAGAGAGAGAGAGAGAUUUGAACUGAGGCCAAUUCAAAAUGUAUGAAGCAGACCCUAGAACACUGAUAAAAUAUGUACAGAUCAGCUGCCUUCACAAGAAGUGCUUGUGCAUGCAGUCAAUGUGUGAGCAGCAUUACACUCACUAAACAUGAUCCUAAUGAGGCCCUCAUCUCCCUAUAAAUGCUGAGUUACUUCAAGCCAACAUGCAUGGCUUUAGCAGGAGUGAUACUUGGCUUUACCUCACCCACAUCUUCUUGUGCAAGACAGCUACAAUUUCCCUCCAAGGUGUUCUUCCUCAGUUGCUUUUAGAGUGGCUUGUCUCAUGGCUGCAUGGCUAUUGUUGCUUGGGGUUCUGUUUUGUACCAAGUGCUAUCUUGUAAUGGUGAAAGUACCAAAUGCUUUAUUUGGUCUCAAAACAGAUAUUAUGGGAGGAGGUGUUGGAAUUGGCCUGUAUGUCUAUUAUCCCUGGCUUGGUAUCCCCUUAAGGGACCUUUGGGGUGAGUUAUACAGACACAUGCCCAACUUUAUGAUGUGGGCCUAACCUGUUUCCAAAUGACAGGAAAAUCAUACAAUGAUUUUAACCCAGGUGGAAUCCCCCCACUUCUGUAUUCCCUCCAGCAUUGAUGGUUGCUGGUCAUCGGUUAGCAGGCAGCUUGUCUGAUUUUGGGAUCCUUACUCUGUGCUAAGCUAACCCUUUCAGCUACAACCAAUGAAGUUGCUGCCUUGAAAAAAAAAACAUACGGUUGUCUUCUGUGUUUUAAGUGUCCCUCUCAGCUUCACUUCAACACUAGGGCUGCAAAAUCUCUUGGGCUGAAUUCUCUUGAGCUUUCUUCACCAUUCAUGUUUACAGAAUUUUGCCUGAAAUUUGUAGGAACAAGCUAACACCUGGUACUCCUCAAAGUUACUUUAAAAUGCAUCUUUAAUAUAAUGUAACAGUUUUGUGCCAAUUGUUAUAUUCCACAGAUUUGCAGAUUUUUUUUCCAGAUUUUUAAAAAUAUCAAUACAAAUGAAAGCAUCUCAUGACUUCCCGGUUCUUUGAUAUAUUUGCAGGACCAAGCUCAAAUGGAAGAUUGGAACUCAGGUGGAAACUGUCAUGAAUCUCCAAGUGGGACAGAGCAAAUAUUCCUGUAUGUUUAAUAAGCAAUAAUGAAAUUACACAGAUCAUGUAAAAAAAAGGAAAAAAAACAUGUGCAUAAGAACAACUGUAUUGAAAUUAGUGACUGCUCAGCUCUGUAUUUUAAUACCAUGUCAGUGUUUGUGGUGCUCUUAAUGGUAAAUAAAUUAUGUCAAUUAUAUGGCCAGGUCCCUUUUGUAUUAUAUUCCUCCAUUUUGCCAUUGAAAAAUCUAUUGUGCAUCUUACUUGGGUCUGUGAAAAAAAAAUAGAGUUCCUAUGCUGAUGGUGAGCUAUGUUGCUGUAACUAUGCCAAUGUAAGCAAGAGCAGCAGGAGGGGAAAGGCAAUCGGUGCUGCAGCCAGGAAGGAAGUAAUGCAUUGGAGAAACAGGCUAUUCACUGCCAGCAGAUUUUGGACUAACAGUCUUUUGUUAGUUCCUGCUAAG